AAAUAAUGAAGCAGCAGUCCAAAGCCAACCGCGUUUAGUUUAUUUGGUAACUUUAUGCGAUGCACACGCAUUUUUAAGACCUAGUGAGCAUGUUUUGAAUGUGUAACAGACAUACCGAAUUAUUUGCAACAUCGUAUCGGACUCGAUUUGGGGUUUUGUUGCGUUUGGAUAAUAGUGCCCUGUGAAAUUUACUCCGAGAAAAUGAUUUCUGGUAGAAUUUGUAUUGUGGUACCACUUCUCUGUCUGGUGACCUUGGCAUCAACGAAGCCGAUCAUGGUCACAUUCGGUACGAAUCAAGGACCCAUUAUACCGAGACAACCGAAGACAUCAAGUACUCAACACAAAACUGUCGUUACCAGAAGCCCAGCGCCGGUGUCGGAGGAAAGAGAGGACGUACCCAACCCAAACGCCUACAAAGCUCCAGUACCUCAUCAAUAUAGAACGGAGCUUUAUUCAUUUAAGCCUCCAGCGGAUCUAGCCCUGGGGACAGCUCUAGACCAGAAAUACACCCCCAGCAUAGACAAAAUAAAUCAGCAGAGGAAGCAGUUCGUUAGAAAUAUCCUCGGCGUCGAUUACAGAGGUCCACAUACGUUUGAAAAACAAGACUACGAGAUUUUAGAAGCGAAAAAGAACCGCCUUGCUUGGAAAUACAACAAGCCCCACUACUAUCAAGAAAUCGAGAAGAGGGUCGAUGAGCAAACGGCGUUGCCUCAGAAUAACGAUUCGAAAUACGUUCCCCAGAUUGGAGUUGUGUAUUCAGCCGGUGUGAGGUAUUACGUCCCACAACUCGUUUAUUACGAUCAACCAGUCGCAGGUGACAAUCCCGAUCUAGAAAAUUCUGUUUAUGACGAGAGGGAUACAAAAUACCAACACUAAGUUUUAUAAAUUUGCUAAACGGACUUUAAAAAUUCAUUGAAAUUUUACAUAGUGCCAAUGCUUUGUACAAAUUACUUUGUUUUACAACCUGUCGAGUAUUUGUUCAUUAAUUAAAUGUUUCUAGAAAUUUCUAUUGAUUUCGAGUUACGCUGUUACAAAAUAUUUAAGAAAAUGUAUUUAGAAAAUAUAUUUAUAUAUUUUUAUACUGUUAUUUUUUUUUAGAUUAAAUCAAGAAAAGGUAUAUAAAUAUUUCAGAUUUCAUAUACGUUAUACCGGGUGAUUCAGUUUAAUAUUUGCGGCCUCGUAUGUCUUUUAUUUUAAAAAAUAGCUAUAACAAACCCUAUAUAUUUUAAAAUCGCCGCUCAAACUCUAUUAAAUGAGAU